AUGAGGCUAGCGCAAUCACUAGCUACCGGCGAGGAUGUAAAUCACGCGUAUGAAUUUGCAGUUGAAGCUAGAGCUGCUGAGCCGCUCAGAAUUCUCCCAUCGCAGUUAUCUAGGCAUGCACUGUCAAGCGAAUUCGCACGGGUGUGCCGCCAACCCAUUGAUGGGAUGUAUGUCAUUCCUAGCGCCUGCGAUCAAUUCAGCAAGUUUAAAUGUUUUUUUUUUUGUUCCGCUCGUAAUGGUCCACUGAUUUGUUGCAGCUUGGUUUGGACUACUGUUUAUCCGCCGUGGGAUAUACGGUGGUGGCAUCUUUCGCUUCAACGUGCGGAUUCCCAAGGAUUUUCCCAAUACCACAUCUCUUCCGGUCGUUUCUUUGGAGACAUAUUGCGAAUGUUGAUCUAUGUUUUUUUUGAUAAGACUGUCUGCAAUUUCAUUUAUUUUCAGACAGUAAAAUUCGAUUUGUUCAUUUUUCAUCCCAAUAUUGACCCGACAAGUCGUCGACCUGAUCUCACCCGGUAUUUUCCGGACGGCUGGAAAAAGGACAAGCAUCACAUCCAGAACGUUCUCCUUGUAGUUCAGAGACUCUUCUUUUCUUUCGAGUUUGACCCUGAGUCGAGCGCAAAUCCUGCAGCAGCGACGAUGUGGAGGGAGGACAAAGAAAAAUUUAGAUCAAUUGCUAAAAAUUGUGUGAAUCAAAGUCGAAUGGAGGUGUACGAUGAACCAGAGGACGCGAAUGACCCCAACGUCCUCCGGUAUUUACUUUAA